CUCUUAUUUUUAUCAUCCAUUUAUUAUUUGUUUUAUUCUCCAACGUAAUUUUCCUUUCUACUAAAUUUCACCCAAAAAAUAUUAGGUAUUUGCCAUACCAUUUUACUUCAAAUAACAUCUAUAUAGUUACAAUCACUAAUUCAAACACUAAAUUACUCACACAACUAACAACUAAUCAUCAUCAUAUCCAGUUUAUUCCGCCUAUAGAAAAUUAUAACCAGGGUUUGGAGAGGGAAGCAUGGCGGCAACCUAUAUCCCUAAAGAAAGAUACGGCCAAAAAAUCCCUCGACUCGAAAUAGAUCCUCAGAAAGAGAUAUUUCUGCAACGAAAAGAAUAGAGUGAAAAUGACUCCGUAAAUCUUCAUCUUACCACACAACUAACAACUACUCUAUCUUUAUCAAUGGAACUCGGUAAUUCUUAAACUAUAUGAUGGAUUUUCCUUUAUGUUGCAUACUUGCAUUAGUGUUUAGAAGAAUGAUGUACAUUUUUUAUGCACAAACCAAAAACCAACCACGUACACACUUCUCAACCACCGCACUCACAACACCAAAUAACUCCAAACGCAUUUUUGGCUUUCACUAAACAUGUUCUAAUGAUGCAUACUCAACUAGAAGCUAUAAAUUACUUGCACAUAAUUCAUAUACAUUUAUAUAAUUGGCUAUGAAUAUGAAAACUAUUUACAUUACAUUACUAGCAUUAUUUCUGUUAACAUCAAACAUUUUGUUUAAAACGUGCAAUGCUGCACGAGAGUGCGGAAAAACACCUAUACCAGCAGCCGCGGCUAGCAUGACCCCUUGCUUGGCCGCUGCACGAAACACUAGGGCUCGAGUUACGCCGCCAUGUUGCUCCAAGGUUACGGCCUUGAUUAAGACUGCUCCUAGAUGUUUAUGUGCUGUGAUCCUCUCCCCUUUGGCUAGGCAAGCUGGAAUUAAUCCUGGUAUUGCCAUUACAAUUCCUAAGAGGUGUAACAUCAGGAAUCGCCCAAUCGGAAAGAAGUGUGGACGUUACGUUGUUCCUUGAGAAUCAAAACAGAAGAACUGCUUUUCCAGAAACAUGAACCCCGAAAAUAUAUACAUUAUUAUAAAAUAAAGCUGAGGAAAAAAAAACAGUAUAUGGUGGAGUCUUGUCCAUUAAGUCAAUAUGACAUCAUUUUUACUCAAUUAUUAUUAUUAUUAUUAUUAUUAUUAUUAUUAUUAUUAUUAUUGUCUUAAGAGUUUAUUAGAGUGUAAUACUUCUAUUACUCUAGAAUAAGACUAGUUCUAUUUCAAUAUGUAUUUCCCUAUUUCUGUUUGCAUUAAUUCUUUUCGUGAA